AUGGAGAAAAAAAUAGAACCUAUUAACAUCGCCUUGAACUCAUCAGUAAGUCAACAAAUUCUAGAAAAUCGUUUAAAGUUAGCGCCCAUAAUAGAAACUAUAAUUUUUUGCGGCCGACAAGGUCUUGCACUUAGGGGGCACAGGGAUUUCGGAAAUUUUCAGUUGGAGGAUCCUGACGAAAAUGAUGGAAAUUUUCGAGCUCUUUUAAGAUACAAAGCCAUGGGUGGAGACGAAACACUUAAACAUCAUCUAGAAAAUUCUUCAAAAAAUGCAAGAUACUUAAGUCCCACCAUUCAGAAUGAAGUGAUAAAUGUGUGCAAUAAAUUAAUUGUUCAAAAGAUUGUUGCGAAAAUUACUUCUGUUAAAUUGUUUUCUGUCUUAGCCGAUGAAACUAGUGAUAUAGCUGGUAUGGAGCAAUUUUCGUUGUGUGUUCGCUACUAUGAUAACGACAUAAAGAAAAUAAGGGAGGAUUUCCUACAGUUUGUAGGUGUAACUGAUCUAACAGGCAAAGGACUUGCAAAUGUUUUAAUGGACACUCUAGCAAAUUUACACAUAGACGGUAAUUUUAUGAUAGGUCAAGGAUAUGAUGGAGCCGCUGCAAUGAGUGGUCGACUUCAUGGGGCGCAACAAUAUGUUGCUGAGAAAUUUGAUUUGGCUAUUUACGUGCAUUGCGCAUCUCACAGUCUAAACCUAGCACUUUCUGAUGCCUGCGAACUACCAGCUGUGAGAAACUGUAUGGGAAUUCUUAAUAGUACAUACAACUUUUUUAACACACCAAAACGACAAUCUUUGCUUGCAAAUUCAAUAGAGAAAUUAACACCUAAAGCAUCAGCAUCUCGACUUAAACGAUUGUGCGCAACCAGAUGGAUUGAGCGUCAUGAGUCUGUCAACGUUUUUAUACAGCUUCAAAAAGCAACUGUUGAUGCACUGGAAAUUAUGUCAUCCUGGCACGAUACAACAACUUCUUCAACAGCGGUUCAACUUUUAGGAGCAAUUAGGAGUCUUGAGUUUCAAGUUUCUCUUAGAGUUAUCUCAAAAAUCUUUGCAGAAUACUCCAAACAGAAAACUUUGAUCUAUCUGCGGCUCUAA